AUGGGUGGGCCUUCAAAUGCUGUUUCUGAAGUCGACUCUGCACCAGUCGCACCUACACCACCCAUGGGUUAUGAAAACCCAAUUCCAUCUUGCCCAGAUGCAGCUGGGUACAACCCGUUUGAGCAGCAAGCUUAUUCGGGUUAUAACUACAACAAUGCACCUGCCGUCAACCCAUACGUCGAGGCUGCAAACUUCGAUGCUCUCUACCCCUCGCCCUUUCCACCUGCGUACCCAACUGGUUACCCUGCAUAUGGGUAUCAAUACCCACCACCUCCACAACCUCAGCAGAAGCAGCAGCCACCUCAACCUCAGAUUCAACCACCACAGCAGCAAGAAAUACUCCAAAGGUUGCAUGAGGUGGAACAAAGGGUAGAGCAAGAGCAAAGAAGUCGCCGCGGUCUUCUAAAGGGUUUGGAAAACCUCAUUAAGGGGAAAAAGAAGAGGGAUUAUUAG